AUGGUCUCCAAUAUGAUGGGAAUCAAGGCCGAUUUCUUGUACAAAAAUUUGACUCGCAUUGUAGUUGAAAAAGAUACAUCGGUGUUCCGGACUCUCCCGUCCAGAAAACUUAUACCAGAACUGUUGAUGCAUAUGACGGAAACUAUUCCAAAUGAGAUCUUUGAAGUGAAUGAUGAUACUGCACAGUUGAUUAGUCGUUUACAGAGACUGGCUGGACAUUUGAACUCCAAUUUCACCGGAAAUGACACUUACCCGUUUACUAUACAACGAAUCUGCGAAGUGUGCUACCAUCCUCUCAAAUAUUUCAAAACUCACGAACUUGCAAAAUUCGUUAACGCUCUGGAACGGUGCUGUCUGGUGAGUAGCAGCUUGGAAAACGACUCUCAAGCGCCUUGCGAAAAUGUGGGCGAUGCAGGCGACGUGUCGUUGAAAAGAAUAUGUUGGGUGAAUGAGAGCGAAGAGAAAGGCCUGGCAGCGUUUUUGCGAGAAAUAGAGACCACCGUUAGCGUCAAUUUCGGCUAUGAAAAUGAAGAUGACGAUGACGACAUUAUGAAUCCCGCAGAGGGUAUUGACCCAACUCCGUACGCCAAUGAUGCUGAAGACGAUGACGAAGAGGACGGUGACUACGUUGCGGGAGAAGAGGUCAAAGAUGAGGAUGAAGACGAAGACGACGACGAAGAUGAAGAUGAAGAUGAAGAAUCUGACGAUGGCGGUUCUGACGACGAUCACGACGAUGACGAAGAAGAAGCUGUGAUUCACACCGGGGAACACAACUCUGAUGACACACAAGAGCUUUAUGUAAGCACAGAAACUAUCGAAACGAGCCGUGCAAGAACAAGAGGCCUGAGGGACACCAUGUCUAUCGACAGGCGCGAAACCGUGGUUGAAGGUGCAGGCGCCUUUGAAGAAGAAGAAUCAACAAGCGAAGAUGACGAUCCCGACACCAAUGACGUUAUUCGGAAGCGAAAACCGACCGAGAUGGACGUUUACGAAUAUGAAGAAAAAGAACAGGCUCGCAUAACGACUCCAAAAAAGCAGCGGGGUGUUAACACCACUGCCACUGCCACGCUAGCACAUUCUCCACUUUUCACGCAAGGUUCUGCCGUCCAAAGCGCCAGUCUGGAACAGCAAAUAUCGAUGCUGGUAUCUCCAAGUUCCGUAACAGCUUCAGAGAGUAAUAAAAUCACUCCGAUAUCUGGCGAAUACUUAGAGAAAACCAGUCCUCUGGCAAAUAAAAGUGGGAAAAGGUAG